AUGGAUGUAACCGAGCUCGAAGAGAAUCUAUUCGCCGCCAGCGAUGCCAAGUUACAUGGAGAUAUGUGUAAGGAACUAUCUGGAGUUCUCUGCAAAGUGCUCUCGAUCUUCCCUUCGUUGGAAGGAGCAAGACCUCGUAGUAAAUCAGGGAUUCAAGCUCUAUGCUCUUUACAUAUUGCACUUGAGAAGGCAAAGAAUAUUCUUCAGCACUGCUCUGAGUGUAGCAAACUUUACUUGGCCAUUACAGGGGAUGCUGUUCUUUUGAAAUUCGAGAAGGCGAAAACAUCUCUCAUCGACAGUCUUAAACGCGUAGAAGACAUUGUUCCUAGCUCAAUUGGAUCACAGAUUUUGGAGAUUGUUGGUGAGCUAGAGAACACAAGGUUCUUGCUUGACCCAUCAGAGAAAGAAGUCGGCGACCAGAUCAUCGCACUGCUCCAACAAGGCAAAAAAUUCGACAGCAGCUGCAACAACGACAACACUGAGCUCGAAACAUUCCACCGAGCAGCCACAAGACUCAGCAUCACUUCCUCUAGAGUGGCUCUAGCGGAACGACGAGCGCUGAAGAAACUCAUCGACAGAGCAAGAGCAGAGGAAGACAAGCGUAAAGAGUCAAUCGUUGCUUAUCUCUUGCACCUUAUGAGAAAAUGCUCAAAGCUGUUCAGAAGCGAGAUCUCAGAUGAGAACGACUCAACACCAAACUCUCCCACUGAUAAUGAAGACCGAACGAGUGUUAACGGGUUUGGUCGUCAGUUGUCUAGGUUUGGCUCUAUGAACUAUAAACCGAUGAACAACAGUCCGAGGUCAGGACAGAUGCCAGUGCCGCCUGAAGAGCUGAGGUGUCCGAUAUCGUUGCAGCUUAUGUGUGAUCCUGUGAUUAUAGCUUCAGGGCAGACUUAUGAGCGUGUUUGUAUAGAGAAAUGGUUUGGUGAUGGUCACAACACUUGCCCUAAGACUCAACAGCAGCUCCCUCAUCUCUCCUUGACUCCUAAUAACUGUGUGAAAGGUCUUAUUGCCAGCUGGUGUGAACAGAACGGAGCUCAAAUCCCUAGUGGACCGCCGGAAUCACUAGACGCUGAGUACUGGAGACUAGCUCUCUCUGACUCAGAGUCCACAAACUCAAAGUCUGUCAACAGUAUAGGCUCUUGUGUAAAGAUUGUUCCUUUGGAGGAGAAUGGUGUUACUAAUGUUAACACAGAAGAGAGUUGUGUGUCUGAUGAUGAUGUGCUUGAGAGGAAUCAAGAUUUGUUGGCUAUCUUAAACGAAGAUGAUGACAUGGAUAAAAAGGGAAAGGUUGUGGAGAAGAUCAGGCUGUUGCUUAAGGAUGAUGAAGAAGCAAGGAUCUUCAUGGGAGCUAACGGUUUUGUGGAAGCCUUGUUGCGGUUCUUGGAAUCAGCUGUUGAUGAAAACAAUGUAGCAGCGCAGGAUAGUGGAGCUAUGGCUCUGUUCAAUCUAGCAGUCAACAACAACAGGAACAAAGAGAUGAUGUUAACGUCAGGUGUGGUUCCACUGCUGGAGAGAAUGAUCUCUUCUUUUGAGUCUCAAGCUUCAGCAACGGCGCUUUAUCUUAACCUCUCAUGUCUCGAGGAAGCCAAGUCAGUGAUAGGUUCAAGCCAAGCAGUGCCUUUCCUUGUCCAUCUCCUUCAAGGAGAAGAAGCCGAAACAGAAUGCAAGCUUGAUGCUCUUCACGCACUUUACAACCUUUCAACACAUCCACCAAACAUCUCUGCUCUUCUUUCAUCUAACAUCAUCAAAAGCCUUCAAGGUCUUCUAUCAUCAACAGGUGAACAACAUCUGUGGACAGAGAAGUCACUAGCCGUGUUGCUGAAUCUUGCUUCGAGCCAGCAAGGGAAAGACGAGGCGGUGUCGUCACAGGGGAUGAUUAGUAGCUUAGCAACAGUGCUGGACAUGGGAGAUACGUUGGAGCAAGAGCAAGCUGUUUCUUGCCUUUUGAUUCUUUGCAAUGGAAGAGAGUCUUGUAUCCAGAUGGUGCUGCAAGAAGGUGUGAUUCCGUCUUUAGUGUCGAUCUCGGUGAACGGGACUCCGAGAGGGAGAGAGAAGUCUCAGAGGCUUUUGAUGCUGUUUAGAGAACAGAGGCAGCAACGGGACCAUCCGUCUCCUAAGAGAGAUGAACAACAACAACAACCGUUGCAAAAGGAAGCUCCGAGGAAAUCUUUAUCAGCACCGAUGGCGGCUCCUGCUUCAGCUUCGGCGGCGGAGUAUGAACCGAGAGUCUUGUCUAAAUCGAUGUCGAGAAGGAAGUCGUUGACUAGGCCGUUUAGUUUCUUCUGGAAGAAAAGCUACUCCGUUCACAAGUGA